AUGGAUUGUUUUGGUAUAAUACCAGAAAAAGCUUGGUUGCAAGCAGCAGAGGCUGCCGAAAACGCAAGAAGGCGGGCAGAAGUAGAAGCUGCGUUAGAGGCAAAGCGAAAGAGAGACCUCGAGAGGGAAGCAGCUCGUCAGGCGUUAUUGAAGAUUGAAAAAAUAGUUGAAAUUGACGAGACUUCACGGUUUAUUGAGGACUUGGAAAUGCCGAGGACCGAGCAAUUGCCAAUUUCAGCUGACGAAACGAGCCCUGAUCAUGGGUCACUGGACGCGUUAGGCAGUUUUAGGCAGUUUUAA